AUUAAACGUCGAAGAAGAAGAAGAAGAAGAAGAAGAGGAGGAGGAAGAGGAAGAAGAACGUUCCGGCGUAUGAAAGCGUAAAUACACGCCAGCAGAAUUUGGGUUGGGCGUUUGAAACAAUAAUUUCUAACACAUAACAUUAUUAGUACGGCCUCAACAACAUGGGAGGUGGUGACCUUAACUUGAAAAAGAGUUGGCAUCCGCAAACUCUGAAAAACAUCGAGCGAGUAUGGAAAGCAGAGCAGAAACAUGAGGCCGAGAGAAAGAAGAUCGAGGAGUUGCAGAAGGAGCUUAAAGAGGAACGAGCCCGAGAAGAGAUUACCAGAUAUGCACAAGAGACAGGCGCUGUAAAGAAGAAAGAUGACCGUUUGGACUGGAUGUACCAGGGUCCAGCAGGACAGAUCUCUCGGGAGGAGUACCUUCUUGGUCGACCCAUCGACAAGCAGAUCACACAGCAAUAUGAGGAACCUGAGAGCGGACCAUCAGCUGAGACAGGCCUCCUGCCUGGUUCCAUAUUUAACCCUACAAGUUCAGUCUCUACUAAUGAUAUGGCUGCCAAGAUCAGAGAAGACCCUCUUUUUGAGAUCCGCAAACGUGAAGAGGAAAAGAAGAGAGGGGUUCUUACAAAUCCUGUUAAAAUGAAAGAAAUCCAAAAGAUGUUGCGUCACAACCUUGAAAAGGAAAAAAAGAGGACACAAAAAAAGAAGAAAAGAGAGGAGAAGGAGAGGAGGAAGGAGAAGAGGCACAGAAAGAAGAGUUCAAGCUGUAAUGAGGAUGACACAAAGAAUAGGUCAAAAGAGAAACGAUCAGAUGUCUCAACCUCUAAUAAACAUCACAAAUCAGGCUAUGGACUUCAAUUACCAGCAAAUAGAUCUUCAGUAUCUAACCACACAGACCACGGUUCAAGAAACAGGAGUUGGUCCCUGUUGUCUCAUAAAACAGACAGGGACAAACACUCCUUUAGAGUGAUAGAGCAGAGACCUAAAACCAAAGCCCCCAGCCCUUCAAGACACAGAGAUCGCAAUCAAAGACAAUACACUAAUUACAGCAAGCACCUCUCAGCUGAAGAGUUGGAAAAGAAGAGAAGGGAAAUGAUGGAUUUUGCCCAUGAAAGAGAAGUGGAAAGGCAAAAUAAUGUGCAUAGGUACAAGCGCCAAGAGGAACAGGAGAAAGCCAGAGACAAUGCCAGACAGGACCGUCAGGCUGGCUUCAUACAUGACAUGAAACUAGAGAGUGCUGCAACGUCCUCUCUGGAAGACCGUGUGAAGAGAAACAUUCACUCUAUUCAGAGGACCCCUGCUGCACUGGAGAAGAACUUCAUGAGAAGAUGAGACCAUUAAGAACAUGGAAACUUUUACCCAUGUCUUUUGUAUUAAGAUUUUUAAGAUUUUUAAUUUUUAAUUAACAUCAUGAUGCCAGAUCAUGGUUGUAAAUAAAAUGUCCGAAUGACA